CAAGGGGGGAGGGGAGGAGGAGGAGUUCCAAGCUCGGCCUCUGAUGCCAUGGUCUCCACGGCAACACUCCCAGGCCAAGCCAACCGACAAUAGGCUGCUCCCUUUGGGCUGCUGCCCCUACGCUUUGAAUCCCUCCCAGACCCUGGAUUCUAAUGACCAGUGGGGGCAGGCGCUGUCUGAAGCGGUUGUGAAUGUCUACUGCCAAGAUCCGGGGGAGCCCACCCAAGCAGGCUGCAGGACUAGGGAUGGGCCCCCUCUUUGUGGAGGAGGUGGCAGCGUCUCUGGUCCGAGAAUUUCUCCACAGAAAGGGUUUAAAAAAAACAAGCCUUGUCUUGGACCAAGAACAUCCUCGAGGUGAAUACAGCAUAAACAACAGAAAUGAGCUGCGCAAGGUUCUGCACCUAGAAAUGCUUUAUAAGGAAAACAAGGUAAAGAAAAAUCCUCUGAAAACAAGCCUCGAAAUCAUUACAAGUUACUUUUUGGACCAUUCUGGAAAGAACAGUUACCAUUUAAUACAAGAAACACCACUUUCUAUUGUUUCAGCUUCCAAGAUGUAUCACAAACCACCUCUGAAACGCUCUGAGAAUUCUGCAGUGAAUAAUAAUAAUUCCAGCGAGGUUUCAGACGAAGACGGAAAGGCCAGGCAUGAUGAAUGUGAUGGUGACACACUCGGUAACACCACGUCCCCCAAAAGACCGCCACACAAAAACAAGACCUCCAAGUCCGUUGUCGGAGAUGGCAAUGGGUCGCCACCGCUCCGGAAGGAGAUCAUGUCAAGCAGUGUGGAGAACCCUAAAAUGGCAGAGUCUUCAGAAGGGAAGAAGAUGGCAGAAGGGAGACUCAAGUCUGGCCUCUUAGCCAGAGGAAUAUUGUCGGGGCCCAUCGCCAACUCACAAGAGGACCCCCUCAGAAAACGCUUCCUGAGACGGUCAUCGGGCCUGAGCGCGGCACAGAAUAGGGAUGAAGGUCACGUGAAGCCCUUCAGCUUGUCUCCUGGCCAUAUUCUAUCUGACACCCUUUCCUCCAAAAAUUCCCCGGACACUCACAGCGAUUUGGCCGCAGAGAAGUGGAAGAACCUGUCCAAUGCCUCUUCUGACCCUCUCGGCAAAAUGCACUUGGAAACGGACAAAAACAAACUGAGAGACUUCCCGGAAGGCAAGGCCGCAGUGAGUAAUAUCGCCGAGAAGACUGGGACAGAUGGGAGGUUGCUCUUUCCCUGUGGAAGUUCAAGGCCUUCUCAGGAAAGACAGGAAAAGGCUUUCAAAUGGAAUACUCAGGCAUUGGCACACAGGACCAGCCCUAUCCAUACUGUGCCUGUCUGUGUGGAGGAAGCGGCAGACAUCCUCACACUCGAGGACGUGGAAGAUGAAGAAUUUCUGAACGAAGACACCGUUCAGUCCGCAGCCGUGCUGAUGCCUUUGCUGAAGCUGCAGGUGACCUCCAAGCCAAUGACCCUCUCGGCUGCCAAGGAAAUAAAAACCAUUCUCUUUGGCUCAACUCUUUGUGGCUUCAGUGAAGAGUGGAAAUUGCAGAAUUUUACAUUUAGUGAAGUGACUCAGCUCAGAUAUGGCCUCGUGCAGAACAAGGGGGGACCGUGUGGUGUUCUGGCAGCUGUUCAGGGCUGUAUCCUGAAAAAACUCUUGUUUGGAGGAGAAAGCAGAAGUUCCAGCAUUAGGGAGCUACAGCCUUCAGAAACUUAUCGGAACAAUUGUCUCAUCAUGGCCAUGGCAGACAUUCUGUGGAGGGCAGGUGGAGAGGAAAAAGCGGUCGUUACAUUGGCUUCGGGGAUGCAGCAUUUCAGCCCAGCGGGAAAAUACAAAGCGGACGGCGUCCUGGAGACGCUCACGCUGAACAAGGUGACCAAGUACGAAGAUCUGGUCGUUUUUCUUCAACAUAACAUUCAUCAGUUUCAGGCCGGUCCCUCUGGCUGCAUCCUCCUGACCCUGUCUGCCAUCUUAUCCAGGUCCACCGAUCUAGUGCGCAAGGACUUCGACCUGCCCACCAACUGUCUGAUUGGAGCUCACGGAUACUGCACCCAGGAACUUGUCAACCUGCUUCUGACGGGCAAGGCCGUGUCCAACGUCUUCAACGACAUGGUGGAGCUGGAUUCGGGGAACGGGAACAUCACCCUCCUCAAGGGAAUCACUUCCCGCAGCGACAUCGGGCUCCUGUCUCUGUUUGAGCACUACGACGUCUGUCAGGUUGGCUGUUACCUCAAGACGCCCAAGUACCCCAUCUGGGUGGUGUGCAGCGAGAGCCACUUCAGCGUGCUCUUCAGCCUGCAGCGAGACCUCCUGAGCGACUGGAAGGUGGAAAGGAUCUUCGACCUCUACUACUACGACGGGCUGGCUAACCAGCAGGGGGAGAUUCGGCUGACCGUAGACACCACCCAGCCGAUGUCUGGGGACAGAGAGAAGGACCUCAUCCCACCCCUGGAACACUGCAUCCGGACCAAGUGGAAGGACGCGUUCGUGGACUGGAACGGCACAGAGCCCAUCCUGUGAGCGGGCGCCCCGGCCUUGCUCCGGCCCAGCCGGCUCGUUUCUGGAACCCGAGGCCCUGUAGCCGUGAAGCGUCUGCCUCCUCCCCCAACCCCCCGCGCUCCCACCAAAGGGCCUUUUUCAGAAAUCCCUUCCUUUGUGUAGCUUUGCCGGGGGCCAGCCUCCAUCCGUCCUCACCAGCUCUGGAUCCUGUGGGCCUCCUGCCAUUGUCUCUGGGCCCGACGGAAGAAGAGUCCCCCAGGCGCUCUCUGGCUACCUCAUUUAUUUUCUCCUCCUCCCCCAUCCCCAGGAAAGACACGGAGGGCUCAGGACCUCCGUGCCGGCCUGCCCAGAACAUCCUGUGUCGCUUGGUUUCCGUCCCAGUAAAGCAGGGCCUCGAAA